CACCAGUCUCAGUUAGUGCCCAGCGCCCAGACCGUUCACUAGUCUACCCCCAACCACGCGCUGCCCCUCCCUCGCCCCGACACACCUCCCUCCCUCACUCAUACCUGUGUCCACCAUCCUCGCCGCUGCUGCUCGAGUACUGGCCGAGGAGGAACCGUGGAGUGACUUGAGGGAGUGUGGUUGUGUGCUAAUGAAAAGAAAGCGGAGGAGGAAAAAAGUGUAUGGAUUCUGGAGUUCUGUUGUUGCUUUCCGCAGCGCUGUACUUAAGGCCUGGCGCGCCUCGUGUUUGAGGGCACCGCUGGCGAUACACGAGUGAAUUAUUUCUAGUAUGAAACUACAAAGAAUUUCAACAGACCACACAAUUUAUGAAGACUGCGGCUGUACAUAUUGGUCACCUGUGUGUGUUGGUGCCAGCGUAAGGAAAUGUGUGAAAAAAAGUGAAAGAUCCACACGAGUGAAUGACACAAUGGAAACAAAGAAAUUUCUUGAUACAUGAGAGAAAGAGAAAUAGAGAGAGGAAAAAAGGAGAGCCGUGAGUUACGCUUUUCACUUCACCUGAGACAGGUGACUCGUUAGUGGUGACGCACUGCACCUAAUGACUGUAAUCAGGGCGUGAUUGGCGCCUGUGUGUUCCUCGCUGCCUGCAUCAACCGCGCCACGAUGCCGCAGAGUCCCAUCUCACGCACGGAGGGCGGCUCCGUCUCGGCCAUCAAAAAUUUCCUGUUCGGCGGCGUACUGGAUCCGAGCCGCCCCCACCCUGACGGGAGCGAGGGCGAGGGGCGGCGGAUAUUCAAGGUCCCGAUCCUCAGGUCGCAGGUGUUCCGACCGCAGGUGUUCAAGUCCCAGAUCGUGAAGACGAAGGUCCAGCGAGGCUGUGAGUACAAGACCGUGCACGAGAUGGACGACAACUUCCCCAACAACCUGAGGUCAGGCUUCAGUCACGCCGCCCCCGCCCACCACCGCACCCACCUCCCCAAGCUCAACAACGUCACCUCUUCCUCCUCCAACCUGCGCUGGCCUGCCGCCGCGCCCCUCAACGUGGAGAGCAAGGAGCUGCCGCAGUACGCGUCCACACCCAACCUCUCCUGUGACCUUCAGGAGACGGGGACUGGCGGGUACAGGGGCGCGGGGGCGACGGGCACGGGCACGCUGCCCAGAAACCUUCACCUCGCCAGGACCCAGAGGUACCUCCCUGCAGUUCUCACCACCGCGCCCCUGCCCUCCUCCUCCUCCUCCUCGUCCUCAUCUUGCGCUCACUCCGGGAACACCACGCUGGACUCUGGCUUCCUCUCCGACGCCACGUGGACGGACACGGACAGUCAGUCCCAACAAGAGGCGGGGGCGCCGCCACCUCAGGAUGUCCCUGAGUACAGGCGGGGCAGUUGGGACGUGACGCCUUCGGUGCACGGGCCGCAGGUGCCGCCGAGGGGGAACCGCAGGAAAGGGAAACAAGUGAGCAGCGCCAUCUUGAAAAUAGAGAAAGGACUCUUCGCCACGGCCUCCAAAGACUCCACCUGUGAAAAACCUCCGCGCGGGAGAGACCGGCGGCCCAUUGACCCUUCCUCCGCCACCCUGCCCCUGCCCCCUCUGCCAUCCUCGCCCCCUCCUUCCGCUCCUCCCCCUACCGAUAGUAAGGAUGAGGAGAGAGGAGAGGAGGAGACCACGGCUGAAUUCAAGACGGCCUCCAUCACUCCGGGGGGAACCUUCUUGGCGAGGUGCGUCAAAAUACAUGACCUAAGUAACCACGAGAGCGGCGAGGACGGCAGGGACAUCGGGUCGCCGCGGCACGCCCCUGAGCGGCGGGAGAGCGGCCGCUUCCCCUCCGCUGCCCGACUCCUGCGUUCCCUGGGCCGCAGCAAUCGUGAUGACUCUGGGAGUGGGGCGCAGGGCAGGGAUUCUGACGCCCGGCUGUCCCGCGCCAACCCCAGCUACCACUCCGAGGGCAAAGGGCUCAAGAAGAAGAACAACUGGACUUCUGAGAGGGAAUUAAACCACUCCCUGAGCCCGGCGCAGAAGGAGAGGAGCCACAGCUUCUGCGAGAAAUCUAACAGCGCCUCCAAGCGUCGCUACUCCUACCAUGACAAUAAGACUCUGCGGGAGGAGACCAGGGGGCGCCUCGAGCGGCAGGAGAGCAAUCAUGGUGGCUCCAGUACCUUGGCGUCCCCCACACACUCCCUCGACCAGUCUCACCCGCCCACGUCCACCCCCCUCUCCUCCCAUCCACCACAGCCGCCCAUUUCUACAUCCGCGACCACUCCCCCGCCAUGCACGCCGUCCCCCGCUGCCUCAUCCUCCUCGUCCCCUUCCUCCUCCUCGUCCUCCUCCACCACACCCACGCUACCCAAGUCGGUGUCCUCGCAGCCUCCCUCGCCCAUAGACAACUCCCAGACCGAGAACAUUUACGAGAACCUUCCCCCACGCAAGGUUAAAAAUGACACUGCAAAUAACGACGGCGAGGGCGGGCACGGGCGAGUCGUGGAGCGUGGAGAGCGUGAGCGGAGGUCCUCGAGGAAGCUCACCAAAGACUCUGGAUAUGAAACCUCGCCGUACAGUGAGAGUGACUACGCAAACAUUGACUUGUACUCCGAAGUGGAUGCGUCGGGUGAGGUGGAGGGCGACGGGGACGACGUGACUUUAGCGCCGGAGUCUGAGUUGGCCUCUCCGCCCUCGCCAUCAGUCCCCCGCCACCCUGACCCCGGUGCAGCCCCCUUGCCACCGCGGCCCCCGACACACCACGGCAGAAUGAGCCACGACAGCCUUGAGCGGCGGUGCUCGUGGCAGGAACAAAACAUCCAAGACGCACUCGGGGAUGCCAACAUCUCCCCGACAGAGGGCAGGAGCGCCACGCCCUCGCCGCGGCUAGAGAGGGCGGCGGCUCAAGGGGUGGUGCUCGAGGCGAACAGCAGCUUCGUCAGAAAUCUGUGUGGGCGGUCCUCGCGCCGCUCACCGCUGCCCAGAUAUUCCUCGGCCGAGUCCCUCUCGUCCUUCGCCGAGUCCCUAGUCAGCCCGGGGAGCACCGCUAGCGGCGUCGCCUCGUCCUCGCUGGUGCCGGCCAAGAGCACGCCCUCUCUCCACCAGGAUGCCUCUCACGGACCCACCCCCGCCAGGAACCCCGCGGUGAAUGUGGCGCUUCACGUCUCCAGGUCAACACCCAACUUAGACGACCCAGAUGAUGGCGGCAGCACCAGCAGCAGCAUGGUGACCAAGUCGUCCAUGUAUUCUUACCUGCACGGGGCCUCCACCUCCACCUCCAGCAAGGGCGGGUCAGGAGCGGCCAGCGGCAGGUACUGGGAUCCGACCAUGGGCUCAGACGACACGCCAGACAGAGAGGAUUACGCCCACCACCUGCGUUCCUCCUCCUACCAGAUGCUCCACUCGCGCCAACUGUCCGCCCUCAGCACAGGCUCCGCUGGCUCCUAUCACAGCCGCCAGCACUCCAACGCUUCCAACUACAGCGAGCCCGACGACCUCAGUCCCCGCGGGGACAUGCACCACCACUCCGCCCCCCACAGCCACCACCACCACCAUCACGGGAUGGACCGGGCGAGAUUCUUCUCGUAUGAUAAUCUCGGGCCGGACGGCUCCUCCUCCACCUCCAGCCAGAAGUACCACGUGUCCUGGAACGUCUCCGAGCCAGACCUCACGCUCGCCCCUCCCCCCUAUUCUCCCCCCGGGCCGGGCUUCCAACAGGUGGUGGGACCCCCAGUGUCUCCGAAAGUGACAUCACCAGCCCCCACCACCUCCACUUCAUCUCCCACCUCCACGUCAAACACAACCCGUCAUCCAGCCUCUCCCCCUCCUCCCCCGGUCCGUGAUGCCUCUAGUCUGAAAUACAUCAAGUAUGGCCCAGGCCACGAGAAGUACCCGUCCUGGCCUGUCCCCGCCGCCAACCAGGUGCUGACUCUUGCCCCCGCGGCGCAUGACGCCAAUGUCUCGGGUCUGCCUGACUCUCCGCCCCAGUCCUCGGGGCCCCAGGGAUCGCAUCGCUCCAAGUCGUGGACGGAGCAGUCGGAAUACCCCAAGGAGAAGGCUGCAGGCUAUGCUCGGCCCUACAGCAACAAGAAGCCGGCCAACCGGCAGCUCAAGACUGUGAUAGAGAGGGCGGAGAAAAUCCCCAAAGAGAUGUUCCACACCAGCGGCCUCCGAGACGACGUGUUCGCUCCGUCCUCCAACUACUCCUUCAUGGACGCCUACUACAAGCCAUCCUCGUCCCCAUACUACCCGCUAUACGACAGGGAGGGACGGGCGCUGGAUGACAAGGACUACAGCAUCCCCUCCCCGCCGGAGCGUGACCUGGGCAUGGGCGAGGCUUCCCUGGGGCAGGUGACAGCAGCCCAGCUGGAGGAGUACGUGCGCCGCUAUGAAGAGUUUGGCUACACUGACCUCAUAGGAACGACGCCGCUCCUGGACCAGCUGCGCCGGGAGUCUGUCAUGUGGGACGGAGGCUCAGAACGUGACUCUGGCCGAGGAGAGAGUGAGAGCGUUGCUGAGAGUGCCAGGUACAGCAACGGGCGGGAGAGCGUCACCACCGUGGUCACCAAUUCCUCAUCGGCAUCCUCCUCCGAGACCUUGAAGUGGCAUGGCUCGCUGUCAGACAUCUCCAUUAUGUCUGGACACUCGCGAGACCCGCGCGGAGACCACAACAUUGCCCACAGUGCGAGAGUGCAGGCCCCGCAGCGACACAACAGCGAGUCUGUGCUCUACUAUGGGCCUGAAGGGCGGCCGAAAGGCUCUGGCAGCUCCAGGCACAGCCAUGACACUCGUGAGCACCACAGGCGCCCACACCCUGCCGACCCCGGGUACCCCAGACACCCACGGGAAGGAGGCAAGUGGAGCCGCGAAGUGGUGGAACGAAACAACGAAAUGAAUAACCUGAAGAAGUUCCCGUCCUACUCGUACACGCAGCCACUCUCACAGAUCACAGAGUCGCCCACAGCGGAGAUGCGCGAGACGACACGCUCUCCUCAAAGCCCCACCAUAGAUUUCAGCAAACCUCCGACCGUGGCCGAGAGGAUCCACGAGCUGGAGAAACAGUCGAGAACUUCAGGACCAGAGAGUGGAGCGCGGUGGCCUCGCGAUCAGAGCGGCUCGAGAGAGCGAGACCACCAGGACCACAGAAAGGUGCGGGAAGAAUCAGCGCUGCAGGACCCCCGUGACGCCAUCGAGAAGACUGAAGCUCGGUCGCCCCGGGAAGCAAGCGAGACUCGAACCCACCAGCGGCGAGGCUCUCGGGACUCCCAGCGAGGAGACCGUGACUUGAGGCUGGACUUCGCCAACACUUCCUCCAGAAAAGGAGACACCUCUCUCUCCGGUGUGGAGCUCUGCUCUCCCACCACUCCCACUGGUUCCGCCUCCACUUCCUCCCGCUCUCCCACCCAGAGGGAUGCUGAGAGCCGGACCUUCAUUCACGAAAACUUCCAGAACAUUCUCAACUCCUUCACUGAGGUGGACCGCUCAGACCGGUCCAGCGGCGUGUCCUACUCCUACCUGGACCCCGAAAAGCGGCGGAAGGUGCCGGACUCCACGUUGAAGAGUAUCCAGAAGCAAGCUGUCAUGUCUUUCUAUGAGCGCCACGCCGGCCGCAAUCUUGGGGUCGGGACAGACGUGAGCUCCUCCGGCAGUCAGUCCAGCCUCACCUCAUCCCAUUCCGCCCCCGAGAUGCACCAGGGGAAGUGGGCCAAUGCCUCACACGCCUCUCAGAGUCAGAAUCUCCGUACGGAUAAGUCAGGGCGUGCCGGGAAGGGCGUGGCCAGGCUUGGCCGAGUGCCUGAAAGUGAGGACGACCAGCCCCUCAGGCCCGGCCGGAGGCGGUCGUCUGGGCGUCUGGAUUCCAGCAGUGAGAUAAGCGCCGAGGACGCUUCCCGUGGAGACUCCCAGAGGUCCUCGCUGGCCUCAGAGUCCACCUCCUCAAGGGGAGAGCAGCCCCCGGCUUUGCCACAGAAGAUGAGUCUCCAAAGUCAACCUGAAGGCACACCAUGGAGCUCCCCAUCCCUGCCCCCCAUCAACCCCGCCCCCGAGGACGCCCCAGCCACAUCCACCUGCACCACCACCAGCACCACCACCUCCACCACCCCAGGGGAGGACCAAGCCCCUCAAGAUGCCCCCGCCGAGGACGACAGGACUUACCACAAGGACUCCUACAUGGCCCAUCGCAGGGACUGGAAGACAGGCUUUGAGGGUCGCUACCGACGAACCAUAUCCCCAUCAGGCUCCAGCAGGAAUCUUCUCUCUUCCACUACCACCACCACAACCACUGCCCCAGCAUCCCUGUAUCCUACCUCUUCCACCAUCACUGCCACCACCACCACUACAACCACCACAACCACAACUUCUUCCUGUCUCUUAGGACAAAAUGAUACACAUAAUGAAAAUGAAAUCAUCACCAGUGAGAAUGGAUGGAGCAAUGGUGGUCACAUGCGCAACACCUCCACAACAGUCAGUUUCACUGCAGAAGAGCUGAGAGCCUUCAAGGCGCGGCGGGCGCAUGCUCAGGACCUGUCUACUCACACUCCUGACAAGGAAAAUACAAGUCGGAAGUUACAUUCAUCACAGUCAUCACCUAGUCUGUCCUCAUCUGCCCUGCAGUCAGUGGCAAGUGAAGGCUCAACAUCCUCCCUGGCCAGUGGUGGGACUGUCUCCUCUCUGGGAUCUGGCCGCAGUGUGGGAUCUGUCUGCAGUGGUGGUGUGUCCCCAGUGUCUCCUAGUAAAUUAAGUCCAGCUCACUCCUGGAGGACAUCACUGGAAUCCCUUAACAGAGCCAACUCCACAACAGUGUCAUCCAGUAUCAGUAAUGGCAACAGUGGCUCCUCUUCCCAUUCCCCGCGGACCAUCACCCGGGCCACUAGUCUGGCUGACCCUCUUCACUCCUCAGAAGAGGUGGGCAUGUCUGGCAGGGCAACACAGGACUCCUACCAGCUCCCCCGCACUGCCAGCAUCAACGAGUCCCUGUCCCGCAUCACUGCCAUCAGUGACUCCCUUAGCCGUUCGACGAGUGUGGCGGACUCUCUCGCCGGCCAGUCCUUCGCCGCCGAGACUCACAGCCAAGGCAAUAACAACACAGAAAUGCUAUUGCCUUGCCAGUCCGCUGAGCCCUCAUCACUGCCCCUGGCACCAGCCUCACCCACGUCCCCAGUGGCCCAUGAUGGUCCCGUCACUGCCCGCCCAGCCACAGUCACAGAAGAAGCAACUUCACCUGUCAUGCCUCCAAUCAAGGCAGCUCAAGUGUCAUCUCUUUCUGUGGCAUCAAAGUCACCAACAUCAUCCAAAUCUGCGUCCUCCACCAUCCAUGCUCAGGCGACUCCUGCCAUUAAGUCAUCCAGUCCAGUCACAACAAACACAUUUUCUGAAGGCAUGAACUCCAACCCUGCCACUUGCUCCUCCACUGACUCCAACUCUAACUAUGAUGUUGUUGUCCUUGGAUAUGGACGCACUCCCUACCCAGAGGAGCUUGAGUGCGACAGGUUAUCCAAAGACUACGUUCCUCAGUUCCCCAUGGACAACAAGCUACGAGCCUUGUUUGCCACUGGACCAGAGCACAAGACAACUGCAUUUUACAUGGAAGGAGUAUUCAGCCUGGAGCUCCGCAAAGAUUUCAUCUCCAGCAGCCAUGCCAGACACCCAGAUCUGGUUCAGGUUGGACUGUCACAGACAGCAGCAGCAAAAUCUGUCAGCAACAUUCAGAACAACAACGAAACCACUAAUGGAGUGGAUACGAUGCAUGACAGGACACCACUACCAGCAGACUCAGCUUACUUUACCACCUCUGAAAGCAAAGCCAAGAUGUUGACCAGACUACGAGGAAGUACUGGAAAUUUACAAGAAAGCUUGACUGAUCAACAGCUUAUGAAGAAAAAGGAGGAGCUGGUUGCAAGCAUCGGUCGUAAACUAGAAAUCCUCAAAGCUGAGCACGAGGCAAUCAAAGAUGAGAUGCGGCUUAACCACGACUUGGGUGCAGAGGUGACGACACGGGUAGAAGCAAUGGCCAGACUGGCAGAGUCUGAAAAAUAUAAGCUACAUGUGGAAGAGAUUGACAAGAUCACCUCUCUGCUGCUGGGGCUUUCAGGGAGGCUGGCCAGGGCAGAGAAUGCUCUGAUGAUGGUGGAUGAUAAUGAUCUAGAAGAGAAGCGAAUCCUGGAGAACAAGAGAGACAAGCUGCUUGAGCAGUUGGAAGAGGCAAAGAAGCUGAAAGAGAAUAUUGACCGCAGAGCAGUACAAGUUUCAAAGGUGCUAAACAAGUAUUUAACAGAGGACCAGUAUGCAGACUAUGACCACUUCAUCAAAAUGAAGGCCAAGCUCAUUAUGGAUGCCAAGGAAAUAGACGACAAGAUCAAGCUUGGUGAGGAACAGCAAAAGGCAUUACGAGAGACUCUAUUCAAGAAGCAGUGACUUGCGGCAUUAAAGUGAUUCCUUGCUGUGACUGUAACUGUCAUAACGUACCCUAUUUAUUUCAGUAGUUAUUUUCUCUCUCCUGGAGGCUUUGAUCAAAUAAAAUACUAAAGGAAAUACCCAGUAAUAAUUUCAACUGUAUUAAAUCUUUAGCAUUUUUUUUGUCAUAACUUUCAGGAACAAGACACAAAUGGUAAAAGUGUAAACUGAAGCCUUCCUAUACUUCUGCUAAGUGCCUUUGUGAUUGAAUGACUCUUAUCAGUGCAAGUUGAAAAAGAAAAUAAGUUGUGUAUGUAUGUAUGUGUGUGUGUGUAUUGUGAAAAUUUUGCUGUAAGGAAAAUUAAGAGAAAUAGAUCAGUAUUUAUGAAUUGUUUUACCCUUGACGGUGCCAGAAGAAUUAAAAGCUACUAUGAUACUCUUGCUGCUGUGUAAUGAGGAAUAUUUCCACCCCACAUUAGAGUCUUACUUAAUAAUAUACAUUAUUAACUUGAGCUGAGUCUCAGUCUGCUAUCCACCACAGUGGAUCCAUCUGUGUUUAGCAAUGACAACUGUUUAAGGGCAGAAUAAUUUGGGUUAAUAUGCAACUUAAACUAACCAUCAUUGGUUGUAGUUGUGAGUGCAAGCUGUAAAGCAAGAGAAAAGCUGCAACUCCAUAUUAAAUUGGAACAAAUUUGAAUUAGUAAAGAAUGAAAAUGAAUUAUAUUGUAUUCAUAAAUGCCACUGCAAAUUCAAGUUAGAGCUAUCUACAAUCCCUCAUGAAAAUUGAAAUGUUACAUGUUUACCUAUAACAUGUUUACCUAUAAAAUCAAAUUCUAGAAUGGUGGUGCUUUUGGUUCAACCAAGGCAAUUUAUUUCCAAUAUUUCGAAUUUUAUAUAUAUAUAUAUAUAUAUAUAUAUAUAUAUAUAUAUAUAUAUAUAUAUAUAUAUAUAUAUAUAUAUAUAUAUAUAUAUAUAAUAUAUAUUUAUAUUUCAACACAAAUAUGUAAUGUCAAUCUAGACUAGGAAUCCGCUUCAAAUGUUUACUGAAGCAGUGAACAAGUUUCACUCUGCUUUCCAUAUUACAGUCAAGAAGAUAUUCCACAUCCCCACAGCAGUUAUUGGUACUUGUAAAAAAAUAUAUAAUUAAUGGGCAUAUAAACAUUGUAAAUUCAUGUAUGUAUUCCUAUACAGAGGCUUCUCUUUCUCAUAAGUUUAUGAUGAUAUUGUCAAAUGCAGCAAAACUAAGUUUGCUAGAAUAAUUUAAUGACAAAGCACAAGUCACUUUGUAUCUCUUGGAUGCAAGGUAGAAUUUGUGUAGAUAUUAUUUUGUAACAUAUAUAUAAUGAAAGUUACUUUUCUUUUUGUUUCUGUGUAUUCUCUAUCAGGAGAAUAUCUCACACCAUUUGGAAGAAAACCAUCAUUCCAAAGGGAAUAACAAACUAUGCUUUGUCUUCAAGAUCUUGAUCUGCCUUGAAGUAAGCAGUACUAAGUUUUCAUUCCUGAUUUUUAUACAUUGAGGGUUUUUGGCUUUUAUAAUAUAAUGCUUUUUAUUAUUUUUUUUUUUUCAUCAGCACAGAGCUUUCUGCCUGUAUGCCUUCCAACAGCUGUGCCCUCCACCUUCCUCCUCUUAACACUGCUUGAGCCACGCUGUAGACAACCAAACAGUUCUCAAGGUUGUGUGACACAACCACUUGUGAUGUGGAGUAAUUCAGGGUACUGUUUGCUUGUUCCUGGUAACUAGAUGAUGAUGAUGAUGCCCGUCCUGGCAGCUGGUCAUUAUUACUGAGCUGUUCAUCUUUAUUUAAUGUCUUUAUGAAAGCUGAAUAUAAAAUUUCUCAAUUUGUGCCACACUGUAUAUAUAUUAGAUAUUUAUGGAUGCCAAAAGACCGUCCUGUUCCUUGAAUUAUGUAUCUACUAACUGUUCACAGACAUUAUUGGUUUUGUACUUGUAAACCUAGUUGCAAAGCAACACUUCUGUUGUACAGUAGCGCUUGUCUAUAAUGUAUGCCAAAUCCUAUAAUUCUUCUUCUGAGAAGAAAUAAAAGUGAAUAUUAAAGA